UCCAACAAAAUGGAUUACGGUCCACAGCUGCCUCCUCGCUUACUGGAUAGAAUUGAAGAGGCUUGUGACGAUGAAAGAGGUUGUAGCGACUUUUGCAACGUGGACGAUGGCUCUAAGCCUGUUAUAGAGGCGAGAAAAGAGUGUAGACGUUCCAGUCGUGAGAUUGUCAGUGAGGAGCACGAGGAAGAGGAUAUGUAUGGACCCGAGCUUCCGCCUGGGUUCUGUCAGAGCAAGCCUGAGAAUCAAGGACGUGGGGAAAACAAAGAAACGAGCAGAGUAAUCGGACCGUCUCGUCCUCCCGAUGGCUUGUGUCUGCAGUCAGCAAACAGUUAUAAAAGAAGUCAAGAAGAUGAGACUGUCGUUGGCCCAUUGCCUUCAUCAAAAUGUCCAGAGAGCUCUUCUGUGGGCUAUGUUGCGGCUGCAUUUGAGGCACGAGCUAAGGCAAUGAAAAACAAGCUACAAGGCAUACCUAACGACUCAGUGAAUGUUACAAAGCGAGAAACAUGGAUGACGGAACUUCCUCCUGAAAGGAACAAUACGAAGAUUGACAUGGGUCCAAGGACAUUUCGUAAAAGAGAAUUUGAUGUUGGGGAUCGUUCUGUGUGGACAGAUACACCGGCUGAUCAAUUAAGGAAGGCACAGCAAUCAAGUGGCACUAAGACUGACAAUCAGAAGAAAGCCAGAGAUACUCUAAUAUUAGACACUGAAGCUGAAAAAGACAGUGAAAUAAGACAACAUAUUGAAGAAUACAACAAAAAAUGUCGAGGUGAAUCUUUGCUGGAUAUUCAUAAGCGAAAACAGAAAGAAGGUAUCACUGAAGGAAAAGAAUCAGUGCGACGACCGUUUAACAGAGAGACCGACUUAGAACUGCCAAAACUUGACUCGUCGAAGAAGCGAAAAGUAAUCGAACGUUCAAGUGAGCUUUCAAACAGAUUUGGACAGAGUUCAUUUUUGUAAUCGCCACAACUCUUGUCUAUAAAGGUUUGUAUGUAAUACCAGAUUUACUUGUUACAAGGCAAGCUUUACGUAUUAUGUACAUACCUUACAUUAUGCCUGACUGUGAAUAGUGUAUAAGAAUAAUAUAAAUGCUAGCUCAUUCUCUUUAUUUACCUGAGUGAGCAGCCA